AUGCAAUUUGCUCGUUGUGUUCAAACCAUCGCGAAUUCUUGUCAAACUUUGUUCCGUUCAAAUCAGUUUCUAAAGGAGCUCUCAAAAUCUGGCCAAAUUGAUGAAGCCCGGAUAGUGUUUGAUAGUCUGCCAGAACGGGAUGAGUACACUUGGAAUACUAUGAUAGCUGCUUAUUUUAGUUCAGGAAGGCUAGCUGAAGCAAGAAAGGUUUUUGACGAUAUUCCUUGUAAAAGUUCUAUCACUUGGUCAUGCCUUAUUUCUGGAUAUUGUCAAUAUGGGUAUGGAUAUGAAGUUUUUGAUUUGUUUCAGCAAAUGAGGUUGGAGGGUCAAAACCCCAGCCAAUACACUUUAGCAAGUAUACUAAGGGUAUGUUCAAUGUUAGGGCUGAUCCAAAGUGGGGAAUUGAUCCAUGGGUAUGUGUUAAAGUCUGGAUUAGAAUCUAAUGUAUAUGUUUUGACUAGCCUUGUUGAUGUGUAUGCCAAGUGCAAGCGCAUAUCAGAAGCAGAAUAUCUCUUCAAGUUCUUGCCUAACAGUAGAGAAAAUCAUGUUCUUUGGACAUCUAUGCUUAGUGGUUAUGCUCAUAAUGGGGAUGGUCACAAGGCAAUUGAGUUUUUCCGUGAUAUGCACAAAGAAGGGGUUGAAUUGAAUCAUUUUACAUUUCCAAGCAUAUUGACAGCAUGUUCUGCUGUUUCAUCUCAAUGUUUUGGGGAACAGGUGCAUGGUUGCAUUGUUCAGAGUGGUUUUGGGACCAACAUAUAUGUUCAAAGCGCACUGGUUAAUAUGUAUGCAAAAUGCGGAGACCUGAACAGUGCUAAAAAAGUAUUGGAAGCUAUGGAGGUUGAUGAUGUCAUUUCAUGGAACUCCAUGAUAGUUGGGUGUGCGAGGCACGGGUUUGAAGAUGAAGCUCUCCUUUUGUUCAAAAAAAUGCAUGCGAGAAAUAUGAAGAUUGAUAAUUAUACAUUUCCAUCUGUCCUAAAUUGUUGCAUAAUGGGCAGUAUAGAUGCAAAGUCUGUUCACUGUUUGGCAAUCAAGUGCGGAUUUGAGAAUUAUCAGCUUGUUGGCAAUGCCCUUGUUGACAUGUAUGCCAAAAUUGGAGACUUGAAUUGUGCAUAUGUGGUGUUCAAUCAAAUGCAGGAGAAGGACGUUGUCUCAUGGACUUCCCUUGUGACUGGUUAUGCGCACAAUGGAUCCCAUGAAGAAUCCCUGAAGAUGUUUUCUGACAUGAGAAUUGUUGGAAUAAAACCUGACCAGUUUGUUGUUGCUAGUGUUCUGAGUGCCUGUGCAGAACUGACUGUUCUAGAAUUUGGGAAACAAGUGCAUUCAGAUUUUAUUAAAUCUGGCCUUCAAUCAUCACUGUCGGUAGAAAACUCACUUGUGGCCAUGUACGCAAAAUGUGGAUGCUUAGAUGAUGCCAAUUGCAUAUUUGACUCUAUGCAAACACGGGAUGUAGUUACUUGGACAGCUCUUAUUGUUGGUUAUGCACAAAACGGUAAAGGAAUGGACUCUUUGAUGUUUUAUAAUGCAAUGAUUUCAAGUGGCACAAAACCAGAUUUUAUCACAUUUAUUGGUUUAUUAUUUGCUUGUAGCCAUGCUGGACUUGUAAACGAUGGUCGCAUGUACUUCCAACAAAUGAAUAAGGUUUAUGGAAUAAAACCUGGUCCUCCACACUAUGCCUGCAUGAUUGAUCUCUACGGGCGUUCAGGAAUGCUUAAUGAGGCUAAAGAAUUGUUAAAUAAAAUGGAUGUCAAACCAGAUGCAACUGUGUGGAAGGCACUGCUUGCUGCAUGUAGAGUUCAUGGAGACAUAGAAUUGGGACAGAUGGCAGCCCAAAACCUUUUUGAGUUGGAACCCAUGAAUGCUAUGCCUUAUGUUCUGUUGUCUAACAUGUAUUCUGCUGCUCACAAAUGGGAUGAUGCUGCAAAAAUUCGGAAGUUGAUGAAAUCAAAGGGAAUAGUUAAAGAGCCAGGGUGCAGUUGGGUUGAGGUAAACAGCAGAAUUCAUAUCUUCCUAUCUGAAGACAGAGGGCAUCCUAGAACAGUUGAGAUAUAUGCCAAAAUAGAUGAAAUAAUAAUAAGAAUCAAGGAGGCUGGCUAUGUUCCAGAUAUGAAUUUUGCUUUGCAUGACAUGGAGAGGGAGGGAAAGGAGACUGGGCUUGCUUAUCACAGUGAGAAGCUGGCUGUUGCUUUUGGACUUAUUGCUUCACCAUCAGGUGCACCAAUUCGAAUUUUUAAGAAUAUCCGAGUUUGUGGGGAUUGCCAUACUGCUAUGAAAUACAUCUCAAGAGUCUUCCUUUGUCAUAUCGUUUUGAGGGAUUCAAAUUGUUUUCAUCAUUUUAAAGAAGGACAAUGCUCUUGUGGAGAUUAUUGGUAG